AUGACGCUGUGGUCGUUCAUGUUCUCCGCGGCUCUAAGCCUCUCUGUCGUCGCCGCUAGUGCUCGCGGGCCUAUCAUUGGCGUCUUCGCGCAUCCGAUCUCCCAGCACGGCGAGUACAUUGCAGCAUCGUACGUCAAGUGGGUGGAAAGUGCCGGAGGUCGUGUCGUCCCCAUCCCAUACAACGCACCCAAGCCGUAUCUGGAGCAGCUACUUCCGCAGCUCAAUGGGCUGCUGUUCCCGGGCGGUGCCGCCACCGCCAAUGACCGCGCUGAGCGCCUAUUCCAGUUGGCGCUGGAGCUCAACGAUAAGGGUGUACACUUCCCGGUGUGGGCCACCUGCCUCGGCUUCGAGUGGCUCGUGCAGCUCACCACGAAGGACAUGGACUCGCUCAAUCAAGGUCUCGACUCCAUGAACAUCACUCUGCCCUUGAACUUCACUGACGCUGCGCCCACCAGUAGGUUAUUCAGUCAGGCCAGCCCCGAGCUCUACUCUUGGCUCAAGGACAAACCUAUAACGAUGAACAACCACGAACAAGGGAUCACACCCGAGAAGUUUAACCAGUAUUCGUCCCUCACAGAUUUUUACACUGUACUAGCCACCAAUGUGGAUCGACAGGGAGUUGAGUUUAUCUCAGCUUUCGAGGCCAAAGAGUACCCAGUCUACGCCGUGCAAUUCCACCCCGAGAAGAACAGCUUCGAGUACGGAGAAUACCCGGACGGUACCCCGUACGAGGUGAUUGACCACUCGCGCGAAGGAGUUGCAAGCGGCCAGUUCUUCGCCAAUUUCUUCAUUGAUGAAGCGCGCAAAAACGAGCUGCACUUCGAGAACCCCAAGGAAGAGCGCAAGGCUCUGAUCUACAACUACCAGACGUCUACCAUCACGGACCCGGGCUUCGUCGAGUCGUACAUCUUCAAACACGACUUUAAAAUGGACUUCUGGAGCGUGCAGAUGUAA